AACUAACUGUUAGUUACUAAUUAACUUACUGACUAACUAACUAACUUAGUUACUAUAACUAACUGUUAGUUACUAAUUAACUUACUUACUAACUAACUACACUUGAAUCUUGAUAUAACGAGUGCUUGAUACAACGAACUGUAAACUCUCGUUACAAUGAGAAAUAUUUGUCAAAAAUGCACGAUUUACUGACCAAAGCUGAUUAUAGAGCCAUUAUUCAAUAAAUUACUGAAUUAUCAAAACUUAAAAUUACAAUAAAAAUCAAACGGUUGCUAAUUUUUGAAAACCCAUCAGAUGUUUUACUCUGCUCGGUGUUCUAUUAAAUCUCUUCGGAUUCCCGAAAAUUGGAAAACUGAUGGAAUAUAUCGAAUCGCAUUUAGAUAUAAUAUUGGAGGGGACUUUACAUGUAAAUUAGUAGCAAUUCCCGUAGGGGAUAAAAUAGUACUUAACUUUUCCUCUCGGUCCCUCUAUUGUAUAGUUCUUCAAACUUUAAAAUAUAUUAAUCCUCAUUCCAGUGAAAUCGGCGGAAAAUUUUGGAAUUUAAAGGAGUUUUCUUAUAGAUUAAAAAAUGAAAUACUGACACCGUUACGAGUGGAACUCCUUACUGCAUUCGGACUUCCAAGUCCAAGUCUUCUUGGAGUUCCGGAAGAAGUAAAAAGUUAUAUAUUUAAAAUGCUGGACUCUCGUAGCAAAAAAAGUUUAUUAUUAUGUUGUCCACGUUUCUCGAAUGUUUACACACGAAGAAGAUAACAUCAUUUGUGUUGAAUAUUGUCUGUACGUGUUUAAAUGAUAAUAUAAAACAAAAUAUAUUAUAUAUUUACCACAUUUUAUGUAUAUUGUAAAUUACAAUUUUAAUUUUUAAUUAUAAAAUCGACAAAAACAAUAAGGGCUUUCAUUAUCUAUACAUGUUUCUACAAUAAAUAUAUUU